GGUUCGGGUCUGUUCUGAUUAGAACAAACAUGUUGAACCUGAACCUGAAUUCAGUUUUCACUUAAUGUGAGUUGCAGCUUUCUCUGUGGGAUACUUCCCCCAUCUUGACGUCAGCUGGAUGUGUGAUUUUUCCCCAGAAUCCCAGCCUCAAACUGACGCAUUCACAUACCAGCUCCUCAGCAGCAACUUGAGGCUCUCUAUAGAAACCCCGCCUACACAGAUCCACGCAUGAACACAAAUCACUAUGCUACCUGAGACUGUCCUCCAGCUGUGAUGCCUGCCUUCAGCCCUCCAGCCCCUCUCCUCUCUAUGCUGCUGUGUGUGUCUGUGGCUCUGCAGCCCUCUGACCUGCGCCUGGCUUAUGUGACCCAUAACAGCUUUUUCUACUACUCCUGCAGCCAAAACCCGCAGCCCUGCAGCGUCUCAUCACUUGCAGACUGCAAAUGCAAGGACAUCCAGCUUUCCACGCUGCACCGCCCCCAGUCGCACUCCUCCCCCAUUUUCCGGAUGAGACGUUUAACUGUUUGGUUCACGUCGCCAUUAAACACGGCACGUCUGCUCAACAACUCAGAGGUGAGGCACCUCACCCUGAUCCACUGUGGCCCCGGAGGGAUCAGAGGGACACCUUUUUCUUCCCUGGAGGGACAUUUCGCUGUGCAGCACCUGGAGAGGCUGACAGUGGUAAACCUGUCGCAGAGUUCAGAUCACCACCAUCCAAAUGCAAACAGGGCCAAGAACACAGACUCAAACGCUGACCCAGACAGAGAUAACGGUGCUCACUUUGACACAAAUAGAUGCAACAGGGAUAGAGACACAAACGUGGACGUGAUUCUGGACAUGAAGACAGAUCCCUUUGCUUUGUCCUCACCCCAAAUCCAAGACAUCUUCCUGGGCAGGGAGCUUGGAGCAGCCUACCACGAACAGGCUAGACUGGGAAUCAUCCACAGUUCCGCACUGGAGUGGGGAGCGGAGGUCAAAGCCUACACAGUCCAGACUCACAUAGACAAUGAUGGCGUGCUGCCCUUCCCUGACCUCCACCUGCCAAAAUUACCAGAGACAUCUGUCAUAUAUGUCAGCUUUGUGUACUGACACCAAGUUACUUUGAUACAGGAGGGAGGACCAGAAGGAAGAUGAUACAGUAUUCAUGACCUACAAACAAUCACUUUUGCACCACAGGGAUCCUAAAUUUUGGAUGAAAUGUAAUACUUUUUAGUAAUACUUUUUUUGUUGCAGGCCUGCGCAUCACAUUUACAUUUUUGGUUUAAGAAUAUUCCUAUUAUCCUCUUAAAUUGGGAGAUAAAGUGGUCGUUACUUUACAGAUUAUGUUGCAUUUAAAGAAAGGCUCUUAAGUAAGUUUCUUCAAGCUGACAUUUGGAAGGAAGACAAAACAAAUCUGUAAUUAAAGCCACUGAGUUAAGUGUUA